AUGGAAUCACUUCAUAGGCGGGGCCACUGGUCCAAGAAAAACAUCCAGAGCUUACUGGAACGUAUGCAAAAUAAUCUCCUGCGCAAUGGCAACGCAAGUUCCCAAACAACCCAGUCACAUUUGGACUGGGAGAAAAUAGCUUUUAAAGAUUUUUCUGCAGAAAUGUGCAAACUCAAAUGGACAGAGAUUUCCUCCAAAUUAAAAAAAAUCCCGCCACUGACAGAAUUAGUGCUCCAAGCCAAAGAACUUUUUAAAAAUCACAAUAGAAACAAUGAAUACAAAAAAUAUCCAGAUUUCCCUAAAAGGCCAUUGACUGCUUAUAUCCGAUUUUAUAAGGAGCAGAGGGCUCACUACUCUGCAAAGCACCCUGAGCUGAGCAAUCAGGAGUUAACCAAAAUCCUAGCUGAGAAAUAUAAGCAACUCCCACCGCAGACAAAGCAGAAAUAUAUGGAGGAAUUUCAAAAGGAGAAGCAGGAGUUUGAAGAAAAACUGGCUGAAUUCAGAAAAAAAUACUCUGAUCUAUUCCAGAACUCCAAAAAACUUGAUGGUUCCAAGAGGCGCCGAACCAAAGCCCCAAAGAAUGUACAAGGAAAUGUGAAAAGUCAGAGGUCUCCUUCAAACACUGAUGAUUUUUGUAAGACUUUAAUAUUUCAUAAAGAGCCCCCAAAACCCCCCAUGAAUGGAUAUCACAAAUUUCAUCAAGAUUCAUGGUCAAGUGAGGAGCUACAACAUUUGCCCCUGAGGGAGAGAAUGGUAGAAAUUAGCAGACGCUGGCAUCGUGUGCCCCAGAACUUGAGAGAACAGUAUACAGAGCAGGCUGAGGAGCUACAGAAACAGUACAGGGUGGAUCUGGAUCUCUGGCUUAAGACUUUGUCACCCGAGGAAUACGCUGCAUACAAAAAGAAAAGCUACGGUAAAGGUACGAACAUGACCAUGGCAGGAGGCACAAGCCCCAAGUUCCGAAAAGUAGACCCGCCAUCCCCACCAGCCCAGCAACUGCCAAAAGUACUUAGAAAGGAAGAGGGGAUGGAGGCUCUAGAGACAGAUUCCUCAGAGACAAUUCAGAACAACUAUCACCAUGCACAGGGAUCAAAAAGGAAAAUGAGGGAAGAUGGGGAAGAGGAUGAAGGGAGCAACUUGUCAGAUUCCAGCAGUGGAGAUGAAUAUGAAGAUGGUAACUGA